AUGAAAACGCCGUCGUCACAGGACAAGACGCAAACAAACAAACAAAUGGAAGAGGAGGACCCGAGAUCCGAAACCGUAGACGAGGCAUUGCAGAAGAAGCACAAUGACAUGCUCGAACGCUUCUCCGCUCGCCACCAAGCUCGUAAAUCCGAUUCAGCUUCCUCUUCCUCCACCUUCGAAUCGACCUCCUCGUUCCUCUCCCAAUUCGCCGACUCCAAACGAUCAAUCGAAUCCCGAAUCGCCGAUCUACGACUCGCCUCCUCCUCGGAAGAUUCAUCCAAGAUCAAAUCCGAUCUCGCGGAGGUCUCAUCAUCGAUCGACGAUCUCGAGAAGCUAGUCGCAGCCAACUCCUACUUCCUCCCCUCGUACGAAGUCCGAUCCUCUCUCAGAUCCGCCUCCGACCUCAAACAGAGCCUCGACGCCCUCUCCGCCGCCCUACUCCCGAAGAAGAAGUUCUCCUUCAAGUCCAAACAGUCUUCCGCCGCCGCCGCCGCUACAAAGAUCCAGAAACGCGAUCUCGUUUCUCCUCCAACAAACGUCGUCGUACGCGAUUCUCCGGGAUUCAGGAACAAACGAGGAGAGACUCUUUCGAAAAGCUUCAGAUCCUCCUCGUCGAUCGGAGAGUUCACGUUGUCAGAUCUCGAUUCGUGCCGAGUGCAUUUGACUGGAACAGUCAACGCUCUCUUCAUCCACCGGUUGAGGAACUGCAGCGUCUACACAGGCCCUGUGCUCGGUUCGAUUCUGAUUGAUGACGUGGACGAUUGCGUUCUUGUGGCGGCCUCGCAUCAGAUUAGGAUCCAUCGCGCCAAGAGGAGUGAUUUCUAUCUGAGAGUGAGGAGCCGUCCCAUUAUUGAAGACAGCAAUGGAGUCAGGUUCGGGCCUUACUGUUUGGGCUACGGAGGGAUCGAGGAGGAUUUGAAGACGGCGGGUUUGGAGGAGGACACGGAGAGCUGGGCCAAUGUUGAUGAUUUCUUGUGGCUCAGAGCCCUUCACUCGCCUAACUGGUCCAUCUUGCCCCAAGAGGAAAGGCUUUCUUCGGUUUCUAUUUCCGGACUAGGAGGAGACUCUUCUUGAUCUCCAAAUGAUCCAAUCUUGACUUGUUGUUUUAGGUUGUUGAUUCUCAUGGGCUUGAAUCGUUGGAGAAUAAAUUUGCUCACUAUCAGAAUAAUCUUUAACGACUAUCUUAAAAGAGGUUUAGUUGUUCAAUUAA